GUGCAAACCUGAAAGCAUUAGCACGAUGAGUAAUUAUGUGGAAAGAAUUUCGGUGCAAUAUCACAAUUUCUCCAAGGGUGCAGAUCCUGUUAUCGAUGCCUGGCCAUUGAUGCAAACACCAACACCGAUCCUGUCCAUAACAGGGCUGUAUCUACUGUUCGUCCUGUGGAUCGGUCCUCGCUGGAUGGAACGUCGGAAACCAUUCGAGAUGAAGUACACACUGAUCGUGUACAAUGCGGCCCAAGUGGUGAUAUCCACUGCGUUCUGUCUGGCACCCUUCUUUACCGGUCUUUUUGCCCAGUACAUGUCGAUGUCCUGCGGUGAACCGAUGACUGGCGUUAGCAAAGAGCUCCAGCUGACGGUCUGGACCGGUGCCUGGGUGUACCUGAUGCUGAAAAUUUUCGAACUCCUCGACACCGUGUUCUUCGUGCUGCGCAAGAAACAGAACCAGGUAUCGUUCCUGCACGUUUACCACCACACGAUAAUGGUACUGUUCACGUGGUUCUAUCUGAAGUACAUUCCCGGGACACAGGCAGCGUUUAUUGGCGUGCUGAACUCGUUCGUGCACAUCUUCAUGUACACUUACUACCUUCUGGCCGCACUCGGACCGCAAGCCCCGCAGGAGAAACGUCUCUGGGACCAGAAGUACCUGUUCUGGAAGCGCUAUCUAACGACGCUACAGCUGCUACAGUUCGGCAUUAUGUUGUGCUAUUUCGUGCUCAUCAACAGCAUGCAGUGUCAGGUGCCGCGCGCAUUAACGUACUUCUUCGUCAGCAACAUUACCAUCUUCCUGUUUUUGUUUAUCAAUUUCUACCGGAAGGCGUAUCGGAAGCGGCCAGUUGGUGUGAAGGUGGAUUGAUAGUAU